AUGGCAACUUGGCUUGUACAAACGACCAGCUUACCACAGCAAAGCUCCAACCCCUCAACCCCGCAGGAUCUCAUUAAACACCAUGUGUUUAUAGCAGAGAUGACUGCCCUCCAACAGCUCAAUGAUCAAGCAGACCGUCAGCUUGACACUCAGCUUGCAAAGGCAAUCGUCGAAAGGCACAAGAUUGUCCGUGAGCUCAUUAGGCCUGAGGGCUCAGACAUUCGUGACUUGUUGAGAGAGUGGAAGGACAAGUUCGCUGAACAAUUAGAGGAAAAUCUCACAAAGUUUAGAUCAGAGCUCGGGGUCAUUCAAGAUCAACAAGAUCAAGAAACCCACAAGAUCAAGAAACUCCUUGAGGAGCUCACCGAGAAGGUCGAGGGGGUAACUGAGAAGCUAGAGGAGUUGGAUGAGCAUACAGUCAAAAGCUUUGAUCAUGUUUUUGCCGAAUUGGAGGAGCUUCGACGUUCGACUGCAAUCCCUGUCUCAACCAUGGAACGGAUGAUCCGUGCUGUCAACAAAGCACCCGAACUUCCCACCGCCUAG